AAUUUAAUAGUCGACAGGCGCGAGAAAUUCGAUAAAAAUUUCUAUCGAAGGUGUUGCAUAAAAAUGACGACGAUUGUAGGGCCUCGAUUUGGCAAAAGGCACAUACAAGUAGCCCUAAUGUUUUGCCUCCUUUCCAUUGCAUUUGCAAUGCGAAUGCAGCUCAGCGAAGCCAUGGUUGCGAUGACGUCGCGAAAAAAUCCAGUUUCCCCGAAUCCCGACGUGAAACUGUUCGAUUGGGACAACCAGAGCGUCCUGCUCUCGACCUUCUGGUGGGGGUACCCGUGGUUGCAAAUUUUAGCAGCGAACCUGGGCAGGGUUUAUGGGACGAAGUACUUCUUGAUUGGCGCGAUGGUGGUGAAUUCGACGUUUUGUUGCUUGGUGCCGUUUUUUACAAUAAAAUGGGACUCGACCGGGUUGAUUGUGAUAAGGAUACUGCAAGGUUUGUCGCAGGGUUUCUUCUAUCCGUCCUGCAAUAACUUGCUCUCGGUUUGGAGUCCCGUUUCGGAGAGGGCUACUUUGGGAAAUAUCGUAUAUUCCGGUGCUUUCUUUGGUACUAUCAUAACAAUGCCUUUGGUGUCGCUUUUUUCAACUACUUGGUACGGAUGGCCUCUUUCUUUUUACGUUUACGGAGUCGUUGGUUACCUGUGGGCUAUUGCAUUUUAUUUUUUCGGAGCGAGUUUUCCUUCUUCUCAUCGGCAUAUCACAGUCGAAGAGAAAGAAUACAUAGAGAAGAACUUGGAUUCGUCCAAGGAAAAAAUGAAUAUACCGUGGUUGGAAAUUUUAAAAAAUCGCCCGUUUUGGGCGGUUUUUGUGGUGCAAGUCGGGCAGUUUUUUUGUAAUUUGAUAUUGAUGUUGGAAACGCCGUUGUAUUUGUUUAAAGUGAUGAAUUUCGAUAUCGAAUGGAAUGGAAUUUUAAGUGCCGCUCCAAAUGUUGCAAGUUUCCUCUUUAUGAUAAUAUUUGGGACCAUAGGAGAUUAUCUGAUAAACAAAGAUAUAUUUAAGAUUCAGUUUUCUAGAAAAUUCUUCACUACAAUAGGUUCUUUAGUACCGGCGACAUCUCUGUUGAUCCUGGCGUUUUCGCCGAAAGAAGCGAAAGUUUUAUCUGUGUUCAUGCUGAUACUAGCGGCAGGAAGCGCCUCAGCAUGCGGAUCAGGAGCCGUCGUGAAUCACAUCGAUCUAUCGCCGAAUUUCGCCGGGGUUCUGCUCGGUAUAAUCAACACCAGCGGCACUUUCGUUUCCAUCACAGGACCUCUGGCGGUCCAAGUCAUCGUCACGGACGAGACGGAUAAAGACCAAUGGAAGAUCAUAUUCUGCAUUGCAGCAGCGGUGUAUGUAAUGCCUUGGGUAAUAUACACGAUAUUCGCUUCGGCAGAAGUUCAGAAAUUCGAUGGUUCCCCAUCGGAGAACAUCAUCGAAAGGAAGGAAAGACUCAAGAAACAUUCUGUGAUAUCUAUAAUGUCUAUGUGA